GUCAAUUUCUGUCACUAUAGUUUACGUCAAACAUGGAGGAGGACCGUCUCUUUGAUGAAAGAAUUUCUAUUAGGGAAUCUGCUAGACCCUUAAAAAAAUAUGGGAGUACAUGCAAUCACAUGAAAAGGAAUGAAGAAUACAUCAAGCAUGUCAUGUCUAAAGGCGAUACGUUACAAGGAAUUGCGUUAAAGUACGGUGUUACUAUGGAGAAGAUAAGACGAGCGAAUCGAUUGUUCGCAUCGGACAGUUUGUUCUUGCGAGAAUAUUUACUGAUUCCUGUUACGAAGGAUUCUCCAUUUUACGAGAAUGGUGAGAGAGUGACUGACAUAGCGCCUCCAAACCACCGAGCGUCGAUUGCGGGCAUGCCUACGCGAGACUUCUCCCCUGGCAGCCCGGAUGAAAAGGAGUCAUUUGAUAAUUUCCUAAACAGAUUAGACUCAUCCAUUGCAACAAUAAAAAAACAUGUUGAAAAAACCAAGGAAAAUAGCGACUUCGUCAAAGGUUUCGAAGACGACUUCGUCCGGCAUCGGCCGACCGCUCGCUUACGGCAGUCCGCCUCUAUGGGCGCGUCGACCUCCUACAAUGAGGUGAUCCCACCGCCGCUGCCGCCGCCGCCCUCCGCACUGACACACGGCCGGAGGGUGGACAGCUCGUUGAAACGGCUGGAGAGGGCACACGAUGACCUGUUUCAGUUGUAGCGCCCGAGACAGCGCAGAUAUGCGCGUUUCCAAUAACUGAGCCGCGGCGUCAGAACGUUCGUGCGGGAUGAUCCGACGUCCAGCCUCCGGCGUCCGGCGACGGGCGUCCGACGCCUGGUGUCCGGCGUCCGGCGUCCACCGUCUAGUAAUAAUGCUCUGAUCUGUUAUAUACGAUACCUGGGCGGUUUAGGAUUAAGAUCUUGCUUUAAUUUUUUUAAUGAAUAUAUUAAGUUUAAUUAAAAGUGUAUACAUUUCUUGCUGAAAAUUAAAUAUUUAAUGUGUUAUACAGUGUAAGAAAUGCAGUGUUACUUUGUUUCAUUUACAUCGCUUGAAUAAAGCGUAGAAUAUAAAAGGGAUUAUUGAUACUAGUAACGUAUGAAUGUUUGUAAUUAUUGCAUUUAUAAUGCGAUCUAACUAAGAAUAGGAUCGAGCUAGCACCAUAUUGUGACGUCAUAAUAUUAUUUCAAACCAAUAAUUAAAAUCAGUUCAGCAAUAACGUUUGUUUUAAACACAAUGUUUCGAAUACAGCACAUGGUCGCGUGGUUUCCCAGUUAAAUCUGAUAAAAAGUCUUUAAUUUCUAUACUGAUAUUUAUAUGAAAAAAAAAUGUUUCAACUGGAUCGUCAUUUUCAAAUGAUAUUUGAAACUAAAUUGAUUAUUGACGAUCUAUUGGGUAUCCUUAGUUGGAUCGAAUAUAACACGCAAAUAAAAAGUAUGAUUAGAUAAUAAUCUUUUAAUUAGCAGCAUAAUUCAUACAAGUCAAUACUAUAUUCAAAAUUUUUUUAACACUAAAAUGUAUUAUUUAUUAAUCUUUGGAAUUCGCAAUGUACAAGUGGUGGUUUAAUAAAAUAUUACCCGUCUCAUAUUUUUCAAAACAAAAGACAGAGACGGAUGGAAUGUUUACUAGCUUCAUUUGUUUAUUGAGGCUUUUACCGUAUUAAUGGAAAUGUUAUAAUAGGUUUUUAUUUUCUUUACCUCCCAGGUUAUCCUAUAAGAGUAAUUUUAGUAGAUUGUUUAUUCAUCAUUUUCAUACAAAGCAAAACAAUAAUUAUGUUAAACUUUAUCACAAUUUAAAUCAAAUUCAACUACCCACAAAAAAUGAUGGUGUAACAAUGUAAUAGUAGAACCAUGGUACACUGUCAUUGUAGAAAUCGUGAGAUCUAGUCUAGAUCUAGGUUCCAUCAGUUAAGCAAAGUUAUAAUGCAUUUGCCUCACAUGGGACACGAGACAUCACAUUUUUAGCUGUUUAUGGAACUCUGAAAUAGAACUCUAGACGAAAGAACACUGCAACUCGUGUAGUAAUUGCAUAAACUAAAUACAUAUAGUAAUAUAAGCAUAUGCAUAAUUCAUUAUUUUAUUAAACGUUUAAGAUUAUUUCUUAUAGGUUCAUAAUACCAAAAAUCUGAAUUGUUUGAAAACUAUUAAAAUAACUUUAUCAAUAUAUAUUUUUGACUAUUUUUAAUUACGAUUUAAACACAAUUUUCUUUAGUUCUGAUUAGAUACCACUAGAUUUUGCAAAUAGAAAGAUAAUUAAAUCUCCUCUAUUUAUGUUAAAAUAAGACAGAGAGAGAUGAUUAUUAUUUUUAUUUUAUUUUAAUCUGAAUACGUAAUUUUGAAUCAACAGAAAUAUACAAUUUCAUGCGUUGUGAUAAAAUAUGUUAUAAUUUCGCUUAAAUGCUUACGAGAUGAUGUUUCUAUGAAAGUUACUCUUGAUAUAAUGUUGAAUAUACCAAAUAACGUAAUAACGUAACGUAAUAAUAAAUAAAAUAAUCAAACACGCUACGAUUUGAUAACCCCGUCGCUUUGGGAAAGCUAGUUAAGACAUUUUUUUAUUACAUGUCUCAUUAAACCUGUAAAGUCAUGUACAUAACUAAAUACUGUUUUAUAAUAAUUAUGUUUAUUUUCGGAAUCGUUUUUUAAAUAAAUCCAAUAAACAAUGUAAAUAAUUGUAUAUAUACAUGAUGAAUAUCGCAUUUCUUGUUACAUAUGUUAAGACAAAAGUCGUCCAAAUAUAAUGUAUAAAUAAAUCUUGAAUUUGUUAAUUUAA